UCCAGACAGAGGGACAGUUUGUUUUUCCACCUUGGCCAAACCUUGGGCAGAGGACAGGUGUAAUGUUUUAAUUAUCUUUAUAGAGUUGUCUGUCACAUAUGCAUAUACCUUGGGUGAUUCACUGCUGCAACUGGAAGAGGGAAGCUCAAUGAAUCUUCUCGAAAUGCUGCACCAGCUUCUGAUCUCCAGUGCAGCCAGGAGGACAUAGUGAUCUCUCCGAUUUUGGCUCCAGUGGCUGUGUGACGGCUCCUGGUUGUACAUUUGCAGAGUUUGUCUGAGGACAGGCACUUCCUCUCUGCACUUUUUCUAUAUUUAUCCAGAUUUGUGGUAGUGACCUUUUGACACAGGAUUUUACUUAUUUUGAUGUGAUGAAAAUGUCGAGCUACAUCUCCGAACUAAAAAUCCAGCAGCCCCUCAAUGCCUUUAUUAAGUCCCACCAAACGCACACAGCUCACAGACCCACCCACCCCUGUCUCCUCUCUCUUCUAGCACCUACAGCCACUCUGAGCCCGUGACUAAAGCGCCAUCUCUCCGACUGCACACUCCAGGCUGCGUUCGCUCACUGGAUCGGCAGGCACUAAGAGCCGCCUCUGAAUUCAAAGCGCAUAAGACUCGUCCUCGCUCAGCGCCGGAAAUCAGCAAACAUCCAACAACCGUGCGUCAAAUAUACUGUAGCCUUUAUUCUGUAGGACCAGCAAGCUGCAGACACGUUGUAGCCCUAGAGCGACCGGCCGGCUUGCUUUUCGCCAAACAUGGGGCGCAAAGAGAGAAACGCGCUGGAGGGAGGGAGGAGAUAGAGAAACAGAUUGAUAGAAAUAAUUGAAAGGGAAGAAGAAAAAGAAACAAAGUCGCGCGUCCAUUGGCGGCGGAACCCCGAGCAGCGUUACAACAAAUAGCUGACCUCGACCUCCUCGGACGGUGGGAAACUGGUUGUUGAAAUGGAGAUGUCGAGGUUCUCUAUUAUCCCGUCUCCUCCUCCAACACGCAUGCUGCCGAGGCUGAUGAUGAUGUUUGCGUAGGAGUGCUUUAUUUUGCGGGCAGCGUCGGCAAACCAGUAUCUGCUGUUCAAACAACUCCAGACAAGCGGUGGAUGGAACUGCGUGCGGCUGGCACAUCUUUCCAGAGAUAUUGUUGUCGGAGCGUUUUUCUAGUCGGGUGUUUUUUCAGUUGUCUUUCUGCGAGUCUGGAAUUGGACAGAAAAUGUUUUGCAUGCGAAUAACAAGAAUGUGUCUGGAAAAGUAGUCUGGCAACAAAGAAUAAGAAUAUUUUGCAAAGGACUCUUAUGAUAUUUCGUCUUUUUAUUUUGUGUUAACAACUAAAGAGGAUCAGGCCCAGCUUGGUUUAUUUGGACUCAAGUUUGCUCCAUCUCUACUUCGAUAGCUGGCACUUCAGUGUUUUGCUGAUUACUUUGCUGACAUUGGGGCUUUUUUUUUGCUAUUGGUCUCAUUAUCCAGUGACUGAGGUCGACACAAACUACAACCAGCAGAGGUCGGGACCUGAGCUCCAAGGAGCCACCACUACCCUAAAUGUGACCCGGUGAAUUCCUCUUAUCUCUGGAGGGUGUUGAUGGAGAGCCAUUCGAAUGACAGCCGGGACAGUGGUCAUCACUGGUGGAAUUCUAGCUACAGUUAUAUUACUCCUUAUCAUCGCAGUACUGUGCUACUGUAGGCUGCAGUAUUAUUGCUGCAAGAAGGAAGAGUCCGAGUCGGAGGAGGAGGAGCCAGACUUUGCCGUAACGUCCCGCCUCCCACCGGUCCACUCCAAUCACAACAUUGUGGCGGCGACGGCCGCUGCCUCCUCCAUCCCCAAUGGCCCAGCCCUUUUCUCCACCCCUCCACUGGCCAGGAAACUAACACGCUCACAGACCUUCUGUCCAUCCUGUACGCACUAUGACCUGCCUUUCUACCUCCAGCCCCCCGCUCAGCCGCAGAUCCACCAUCAACCAGAUGGGUUGAGGAACGGAGGUGACCGGAUCAGCUACCGCAGCGUCCAGCAGCAGGAGCUGGACCUGCCAGUGCCUGUGAACAUUUCAAACUACCGCAAGCCAAACCUUGGCCGGUCGGUCACCAUGAGGGACAUGUUCACCCGCAGCUGUAGCAUCAGCACUGAUGUUUAGCUGGGUGAGUCUGGUGUAAAUUCAUGCUUAAAUGAACUGGAAUGGCCCAUUCCGAACUGGGCUUGAGUCUGACUUUUUGUCAUCUUGACCAGCUUAGUCCAGUCUAGUAUGGUCUGAUCUAGUCUGGUCUCGUUCUACUGGUCACCUCUUACAGAAUGGAGGAAUCAGUUGGCUCUCAGGACAGGAUUUUCAAAGAUACUAUGCUCAGGUCCAGGACCUUACACUUGGGCCACUAUAGAGUUUAAAGUACUUAAAAAGUGUGAAGUUACCAAUGACAAGAACUUCUUUAUUAGUUUUUUUUUUUCCAAUAUCUCUUUUGUAACAAUAAGAAUGGCAUUUGUUUUACGGUUUGAUGAAGUUUGUGUAGCCCUACUUCCUGUGGACUCUUGUACCCAUGGCCUGAAAGAUACACAGAUUCCCGCCAUGUCAAAAUGACAUAAUCGGCAGGGAUUUUCUCUCUGCCAUAGCUGCUAAUGUGAUUAGAGAAGUCCAGUGUUUCCCUCUCCUAUGAUGGAUGAUCUGUCUGUUCCUCCAUCCACAGAUUAUAGAGAUUUAAAAAAAAAACUACUACCAGUGGAGGAUGGCGAUGACAUGUUUUAGCUGCCACCCACUGACAUUUCAGACAGACUUAACUUAGGCGGGCGGUCAUGAUAUUUUAUGACAUAAAGGGCUCACAGAAGAUGGAAAUCCCUGCUUGUUUUCCACAUCCUUUCAUAUAGGUCUCCAGUUUGACGGGAGGCUGGUUUCUCUGGGCGCCUGCUGACAACACGAAGUGUAUAUACAUUAUACACUUCAGCAGAGACAGACCUCUGUGUUCUUGAAGGCAGGGUGGACGAGGUGCCAAAGGGGGGUGGGUUCGUGCAUUCGUGUGACUGUGCUUGCAUGCAUGUGUGCGUGUGUGUGUAACUCGAUCAGUUGCUAUACCAUGACUCUUAUUCCAUACAAUUAAACAGCCUGUCACCCCUAUAUGUAUACUGAACCCAUUGGUGGGUUGCAAUAACAUUUGAAACAUUUAUUGUAAAGGGUGAAGGGAUUGUAUUAGUUUGCCACUUUACCUUUAAAUCCAUGCUGAUGCAAAGAAUGACCCAACCAGGUGACGGGACAACCCCCUUUUUUGUAAAUGUUUAUUUUACUGAUAAAUGUUAUAACACAGAAUCAAGUUGGCAGUCAGAGGAGUAACACGUUUAACUUUAUAGUGAGAUAUUCCUUUUAAGUUCUUCACUGAAGUUUCAAUUUGUGGACUCUUCACUGCAUUCAUUGUGCCGUCUCUGAUGUGUUGAUAUGUGGAUACUUGGGCUAAAGAUUAAUUCACCUUUAAAGGCACAUCGAUAAAUAUUUAACGGGCCAUAACAUACACUCUACAGUCUCUCCCUUCUCCCGACUCGUUGGACUGAGGAAUAUUUGCUCUUCCUCUGAGGUACUCGGAGAGUUCCUUCUUGGGAUUGUUUUUGGAGGGCUGACUUUCUGACUGGAGGAGCGGUGGCGGUUUUUUUAUGGACACAGGACACACAUUUAAUGAAUGAAAUUAUUCACUGCUGGAUUUCAAGAAGGAAUGCGUGUGGUUGUGUGAGGGGCUUGAAGCUGAUUGGAUUGUCCCUUGGAUUGCCUCCCUCCCUCUCUCUAUCUCUAUUUCUGUCUCCCUGUUGAUUUUAUCAGCAAUCACGCUCAUUUAUAUUCCCAAAGGGUGAAACAGUGAGUGAUUUUGUUUUAAGUUUUUCCUCUUGUGACAUGUGCUUUCCUGCAAAUACACUACGACAUACAUGCGCGCACACACACAUACUGUCGUGUUUCCACUUUACAUUGACUUACAUUCAUUUUCUGGAGAUUUACCCUGACUAUAACCACUACCAGCCUAAUCCUAACCCCUAACCUCAUCUUAACCUGAACCUAACUUUACCCUUACUUUCAACCAAGUCUUCACCCUAUAAUGUACUCAUUUACAUUAUGGGGAGAUGAAUUUUGUCCCCAAAGGGAAGAUGAGUCCCCACAAUGUGACUGUAACAGAUUUAUGUACCCACAACAUGAGUAACACACACACACACACACACAGUUCUCAAUGCUUUGCUUUUACCUUUAAACAGAUGUGACAGUUGCACAGGAAAUUUUGUGCCAUAAAGAAUUCUUAGAGAAAUGUAUUAUUAUAGUUAUUCAUAUUAUUACAAGUGUAUAUUUAAAUGCAGUGUUGCUUUUUUUCCCAACAGUAUUUUAAUUACUUGCUUUCUUUUAUGAUCCAGCUGGUUUUUCAGACUAAGUCCAGUACAGCAGAAAUGUUUCUGUCCUUGUUUCUAAUAUAUAUAACUAACAGAUACAUUGUUGCUAAUAAAAUGGUGUGAAAAUC